AUGAAGACCGUCGCAUCCGCUUUCUCCGUCGCUGCUCUCGUCGCCGUCGCGCGCGCGGGAGGCAGCAUCGACAACUCGGCCCAGGCGGCUCAAGUCGCGUCGCAAGCGUCGACCCUCAACGGCGCAGGCAACUACGUCCUCACCAACGUCAAGACCGGCAAGCAGCUCGCCUUUUCCCGCCAGGGCAACACGACCGACUUUUACCCUGGAGACGGAGGGGACCCCGUUGAGAUCCAGUUCUCGGGCUCGAUGGCGCGCAUCUCGGGCGGCAACAACAAGUGCGCUUCGGCGCAGUGGUCGACCGACUACGAGGGCGGCGUCGACUACGCUGCCGUCUCGUACGCGUGCGCUGUCGGCGACGGCCAGAAGACGGGCACGGACACGCUUGAGAAGACGAAGCAGUGGUGGUACCUCGUCCCUGCUGGCUCGUCUGGCGACUCGUCCUCCUCGUCGUCCAGCUCAAGCUCGCCAGCGCCUACCGGCAACUCCAACUCGGACGUCGUCUUCGCCGCCUCAAACUCAGGCACUUCCCGCCACGUCGCCGCCGCCAAAGUCGCGUCUCCCUCUCCCGCUCCCGCUCCCGCCUCCUCGUCUUCCUCCUCGAGCAGCGUCAGUGCCGAACAAGCCGAGUACAACAAGCUUGGCUACUGGACUUCCUCCGCGUCGACGAUCGAUGCCAAGGUCGCGGACGUCUCGGGCGUCAACAAGAAUGACAGGAAGACGUGGUUGUGCCGUCACCCUGGAUGGUGGCUCGCCGACCACCCCGACUACGUCACUAAAGCCGGCCACGUCGAAUGCGCCUCGGACCUUGCAGCCUACCGCGCCUCGCAGUCCUCCGCCCGAAUGGUCAAGCGCCACCGGGACCUCGCCGCCUCCAUCCUCUCCAAGCGCGGCGGGCAAGCUUACCACAUUAUCGCGGUCGACCACUUGAAUGAUAUGGCGACGAGGGCGGUCGCGGCGGAUCAGGUUGACACGUUCGGGGGGUACACUUCAACUAGGUUGGAGUUGUGGGACCAGAACGACGACGGCCAGCGCUGGAUCAUCUCGCAGGCUUAA